AUGCUUCUCAUCAUUUUGGUCGUUCUCAUUCCGGUCUUGGUGAACUCAGUGGGCGGCAAUGAGGAUGGUAGCCGCUAUGAGAUGUUGGGCACUUGCCGCAUGGUCUGCGAGCCGUACAUGAAUAAGGCAAGCACUGUCGGAACAGGAAUCACCACGACAGCAGACAUCGACGUAGCCAUCCAAGCCAAGGCGGAGCCACUAAAUGACCACAGUGUGAGCCCACCAUUGCCACCGUACUUCCAUGGUAGGUUGGGAAAACCUGGUCUUCCUGGACCACCAGGACCACCCGGAGAGCCUGGUCCUCCAGGUCCAAUGGGGCCGCCAGGAGAAAGAAGCAUGACAGCAGUUCCUGCCUUUGGCAGCUUUAAUACGGGUCCACAUGUGGCAUUCUAUGCCGGCCUACGGAACCCACAGGAGGGCUACGAGAUCCUGAGGUUUGAUGAUGUGGUCACCAACAUUGGCAACAAUUACGAUGGCGCAUCAGGGAAGUUUGUGUGCAAGUUGCCUGGAACAUACUUCUUUACCUACAAUGUACUGAUGAGGGGUGGCGAUGGAACCAGCAUGUGGGCAGAUCUUAUGAAAAAUGGACAGGUGAGGGCAAGUGCUAUAGCCCAGGACCAGGAUCAGAGCUAUGAUUACGCCUCAAACACAGUGAUCCUGCACCUGGACCCUGGAGACGAGAUCUUCAUCAAGCUGGAUGGUGGCAAAGCUCACGGUGGAAACAGCAACAAAUACAGCACUUUCGCAGGCUUCCUCCUUUACUCUGAUUAGCUGAGUUGAGGUUACAUUUCAUGAUUUCUUGAAGGAAACUUAAGUGUCUUGAAGGGGACAGGGCAAUUUCACUCAUUUUCAAACUAUGGUAUUAAAUAAAGAAAGGGGUUAAAUUCGGGCCAAAUUUAGGGGUUGACCAAAAUGCUCA